AUGGUAAGAAAUGUAAAGAUAUAAGUUGAUUUCCUUUUUAAUGCAUUCUACUCAAUGAAUUCAUAAUUUCUAAAGUAGACAUUUAUUAUUAGAGCAGUAAAAAUUGACAAAAUAAUCCCCGAAGCAGAUAAGAUAGAUUACCAAGUAGACAGAUAGAAUACUUUUGCUGCUACAGAAGAACAGAGAGCAAUUAAGCUCUAUAAACCAUUAGAGGAAUACAUUUAAGUAUAAAACUUAUGCUAAAAGUAGAACUCUUUAAAAUAAUGCUUAACUAGUGUCAAAAAUGUAACAUAUAAAAAGUAAAGAUACAUAAACGCUUAAGAAACAAUGUAAACUAUGAUUGCCAAGCUGUCACUUUACUUUAAAUUCAAAAUAUUGACUAUAGAUGAUAAAGAGCAAAUUUAAAAAAUCGAUUCUAGUUUGUAAUUAUCUGCAUUAUUUCCAGUGUAAUCGCCAAACAAGUAGACUAUAAUCUAAGUAAAAGAAAUCAAAAUAAUGAACUUGUAAAUGGCUAUUGGAAUUUAUAUCCUCGGUUUAUCUUCUAUAAUGGAAAGAAUGGUGUCCUACAAAUAAUCCAGAAAAAAAUAAAUGAGUAUUUUUAAUUUAAAUUACCUAUAAUCAAACCUUGAUGAUAACAAAAAUUUAGAUAAAAAAAAUGCUAAAGUAAGUAGCUUAAAAAAUUAUAUGAGCUAUAAAUAAACUUCAGAUUCAGAAACUGAUAACAACUAAUUAAUUAAUUGA